AGUAAGAAAAAAGGGGGAGCAAGUGAUCGAUAGGAAUUGAGAGAUGGAGGAACACAGUGGAAAAGGGAUAGAUCCGAGAAGUGGGUUCUGCACUGCAAAUUCAAUCUUCUACAGUAAGCGCAAGCCCCUUCCACUCCCUCCCAACAACGCCUUAGACGUCACCACAUUCAUCUCCUCACGCGCCCACCGGGGAACCACCGCCUUCAUCGACGCAGCCACAGGGCGGCACUUCACCUACCAACAGCUAUGGCAGGCGGUGGACGCCGUGGCCGCCUCUCUCUCGGACAUGGGCAUCGGAAAGGGGAACGUGGUCCUCCUCCUCUCUCCCAACUCCAUCUACUUCCCAGUGGUGUGCCUGGCCGUCAUGUCCCUCGGAGCCAUCAUCACCACCACCAACCCUCUCAACACCUCGCGCGAAAUAGCCAAACAGAUCGCCGAUUCCAAGCCCCUCCUCGCCUUCACAAUCCCUCCCCUGCUUCCCAAGCUCACAGCCGCAUCACCCUCCCUCCCAAUCGUUCUCAUGGACCACGCCGAUUCACCCCCUCCCAGAAUAGUUACCACGCUUGAGGAGAUGAUGAAGAAGGAACCCGGGGCUAGGCGAGUGAGGGAACGAGUUGACCAGGAUGACACGGCCACGCUGCUCUACUCCUCCGGCACUACGGGACCCAGCAAGGGCGUGGUUUCUUCGCACCGGAACCUAAUAUCGAUGGUUCAGAUCGUGUUGGGUCGGUUCAGAAUGGAAGAGGGGGAAACCUUCAUCUGCACAGUGCCCAUGUUCCACAUAUACGGUCUGGUGGCGUUCGCGACGGGGAUUCUGGCUUCGGGAUCCACCAUCGUGGUGCUGUCCAAGUUCGAGAUGCACGACAUGCUGUCGGCAAUUGAGAGGUUUGGUGCGACGUACCUGCCGCUGGUGCCGCCCAUACUGGUGGCGAUGCUGAACAACGCCGAUGCGAUAAAGGGAAAGUACGAUUUGAGGUCGCUGCAUUCCGUGCUCUCCGGUGGGGCUCCGCUGAGCAAGGAGGUGAUAGAGGGGUUCGUGGAGAAGUACCCCAACGUCGCCAUCCUUCAGGGUUAUGGCUUGACGGAAUCAACCGGCGUUGGGGCCUCCACCGAUUCCUUGGAGGAGAGUCGAAGGUACGGCACCGCCGGCCUCUUGUCGCCUUCCACUCAGGCUAUGAUCGUCGACCCUGACUCCGGUCAGUCCGUUCCGGUUAACAGCACCGGUGAGCUCUGGCUCAGGGGUCCCACCAUUAUGAAAGGCUACUUUAGUAACGAGGAGGCAACCACAUCAACCCUUGAUUCAAAGGGAUGGUUGAGAACAGGGGAUGUGUGUUACAUCGACAAUGAUGGAUUCAUAUUUAUUGUCGAUAGAUUGAAAGAGCUCAUUAAAUACAAGGGAUAUCAGGUCCCUCCAGCAGAACUAGAGGCCUUGUUGCUGACUCAUCCUGCUAUUUUAGAUGCUGCUGUCAUACCGUAUCCAGAUAAGGAGGUUGGGCAGUAUCCAAUGGCAUAUGUGGUAAGGAAGGCUGGAAGUAGCAUAUCAGAUAGCCAAGUUAUGGAGUUCGUUGCAGGACAGGUGGCUCCUUACAAGAGAAUUCGAAAAGUGGCGUUUAUAUCUUCCAUACCCAAAAACCCAUCUGGCAAAAUUCUUCGGAAGGAUCUCAUCAAGCUCGCAACCUCUAAACUCUGAAGAGGUGUGUCUAUUCGUAUUUGGGUUUUUAUUGGAGUUGGAGAAGUGAUGAAUCUUUGACUAGUUUCUUUCUUGGCUGUAAUUUUUCUGACUUGUUUAUUUUGUUGAUUUCAUAGUAGAUACACUUUUUAUAUGUUCUUUGUUCGAUAUUGUAAAGAGCAGCAAAUGCUGACUGCUCCUUAAUAUUCUCAGAGGGAAUAAAAUUGGCUUUUACUGAUUUUAUUUUUCAGUGAAAUAUUAUAACUUGAACGAAGUAAUGGAAUGUAUAGGUGAAG